AUGAUUGUUAACAAAAACAUCAACAGAGGCAUCAAGAAUCUCAGUUUUAUACACACUAAACACAUCAGAAUGGUUCACCACAGAGUUACUAUCAUUGGAUCCGGUCCAGCGGCGCACACGGCGGCGAUCUACCUUGCCAGAGCGGAAAUUAAGCCAACGUUGUACGAGGGCAUGUUCGCCAACGGUAUCGCUGCUGGCGGUCAGCUAACGACCACGACCGAGAUCGAGAAUUUCCCAGGGUUCCCUGAAGGUUUGACUGGCUCAGAGCUCAUGGAGCGUAUGAAACAGCAAUCGGAGCGUUUUGGCACUGAAAUCAUCACAGAAACCGUCGCAAAAGUCGACACCAGCGUGCGUCCAUUCAAGCUGUGGACAGAGUUUAACGAGGACGCCGAGCCACACACCACAGACGCGCUGAUUUUGGCCACCGGUGCCUCUGCCAGACGUAUGGACUUGCUCGGCGAAGACAAAUACUGGCAACAGGGUAUCUCUGCAUGCGCCGUCUGCGACGGCGCAGUGCCCAUUUUCAGAAAUAAACCACUAGCCGUGAUCGGUGGUGGUGACUCCGCUUGCGAAGAAGCGUGCUUUUUGACCAAGUACGGCUCCAAGGUCUACAUGCUCGUGCGUAAAGACCAUCUGCGUGCGUCCACAAUCAUGCAGAGACGUGCUGAGAAAAACGAAAAGAUCGAGAUCCUCUACAACACCGAGGCCCGUGAGGCCAAGGGCGACGGCAAGUUCCUCGGUGCGCUCAGACUCUUCAACAACAAAACCAACCAGGAGUCGGAUUUGCCCGUCAACGGUUUGUUCUACGCUAUCGGCCACACUCCGGCUACCUCGAUCUUGGCCGGCCAAGUAGACCUCCACGAGAACGGCUACGUCAAGACCGUGCCCGGAAGCACUAUUACCUCCGUUCCCGGUGUGUUUGCCGCCGGAGAUGUUCAGGACUCGAGAUACAGACAAGCCGUCACCUCAGCUGGCUCUGGCUGUAUGGCUGCGUUGGAUGCUGAGAAAUUUUUGUCUGAACAGGAGUAA